AUGGCCCAGACUACCCAGAACGAGUUUGAAACAGUUCCAUUCCCCGAAGGUCUUCCUAUCAUUGACCUCCCGCGAGUAUCUCUCAAAGGUCUGCUUGAAAACGACGAGGACGAAAGCCGUAAGGUAUUCGAAAUAUCCAUCAAAACCGGCUUCUUCUAUCUCGACUUGACAGAUCACCCAAUUGGCCAGAAGCUCCUGCAGGAAGGCAACGAGGUGUGUCGAAUUGGGCAAGAGGUGCUCCCUAAUCUCUCGAUGGAGGAGAAGCUUGCUUACAAGGCCCGCGAUAGGUCGGGGGUAUUCGAUAUGGGAUACAAAUGCCCGAGCGUCGGGAAAAAUGGACAGCCAAAGUUUAGCGAAGCCUUCAAUAUCCCCUUCUACGAGUUACUCGUCGACAAGGAAUCUGGAUUCCAGCUGCCGCAAUGGCUAGCGAAUUACAAAGAACUCUUUGGCUCCAUUAUGGAGACGGGGAACUCUAUCUGUCACAUUCUUCUUGGAAUUCUCGAGACGAAGCUUCAAGUAGAACCAGGUUCUCUCUCGUCUCUUCAUAAGAUCAUCGAACCAUCCAAUGAUUUCCUCCGUGUUCUGAGGUAUCCGGCUCCCGAGCCAGGCGAUGAUCCUCGCCAAUUCAAUUUUCCGCCACACCGGGACUCUGUCAGUAUCGCCAUGCUCUUCACAUGGGUUGCCGGUCUCCAAAUACUUGAACCAGGCUAUGAUAUUAAUACUGCUAUGAAGGGUGACGAAAGUGGCUGGCGCUGGGUAAAGCCAGUUGCAGGACAUGUCAUUGUCAAUCUCGGAGACGCACUUGCUAUACUUACCAAUGAACACUUGAAGUCUGGGUUUCACCGCGUCGUAAGCCCUCCCAAAGAGCAAGCUCAUCUCGAUAAAUACAGUGUUCUUCUGGGAUAUCGGCCCGCCCUCACUACUUUGAUGCGUCCACUACCCAGUCCGGUUAUACCGCCACUGACGGCGGAAGAAGCAAAGCUGCCCAUCUUGACAUGUGAGGAGUGGGGGGCUCAGAGAGUUCAGAAGGUAUACCAAGUGUUGGAAAACCGUUAGGUGUAUACAUAAAUAGC